AUGGCUAAGUGGGGAGAAGGUGAUCCACGAUGGAUUGUCGAGGAAAGAGCGGAUGCUACAAACGUUAAUAACUGGCAUUGGACCGAGAAAAACGCAACUGGUUGGUCCAAAAAUCGCCUCAAGGAACUACUCCAUGAAUUGAAAAUUGAGGAUGGUCCUGUUGUUGUUACUUUGGGUGAGAUAACAAAAUGCGAAGGAGAAGCUACUGCUAACAAUAGAAAAGCUAAGCUAAUUUUCCUGUUCGAGUGGGAAAUGAAAAUUGAUUUUGUUGCUAGAAUCAGUGGUUCCGAAAUCGAAUACAAAGGAAAUGCUGAGAUUCCUAAUCUCAGUGACGAGAAUGAAGCUCAUGAAGUUGAUGUUAAUUUCUCAAUCACCACAAAGGGUCCCCACGAUGCUCAAAUUAGAACCUUCCUUCACAAAUUUGGAGUUCCCAGAAUGCAGGAGAAGCUAGGAGAAUAUAUUAAAGAACUGAAGCAAGAGUACAGCAAGGGUAUUAUUCUUCCCACAGAUCAAGUUAAACCACAGAUUGUAACAAAGGGUAGAACUACUACUGUUGAUAAAAAGUCUUUCCAAAAUACUGUAGUCGUUGAGAAGAAGGAGGAGAAAUCCAAUGAGAUAUUCGAUGUUAAGAAUGUUUCUGUACAGGAUUCUUUCAAGAUUCCACCUGAACGUUUGUUCGAAUGCUUGUCUCAGCCUGAGCUUGUGCGUGUAUGGGCCAAUGGAAACGUUGACUGGGAUUUCAAGGAAGGAGGUAACUUCGCUCUUUUCGGAGGAAAUGUUACUGGGUCUUUCAACAAAAUCGAAACCAACAAAUUGAUUGACGUGAAAUGGAGACUAAAGUCCUAUCCAUCCGGACAUUAUGCUAACAUUAAGUUCAUACUAGCAGAUGAGGGAGAUGCCUCUAAGCUUACUUUACAAGCUACUGGUGUUCCUUCUCAUCUCUCAGAUGACACAGAAAACGGGCUUCAAAGAUAUUAUUUGCAAAGUAUUGCUAGGACUUUCGGUUUUGGAGCUCGCAUUUGUUGA